GAACGGUACUUUUCAGCAUGUUAGGUAAAAAAGCAGCAACAGAUGAGCAGCUCCUGCUUGAACAAGCAAAGUUUCUUUGUAAUCAGCGUUCUGAAAAAACCACUAACGCAUUUGUCUCCAGUAGUGGAGGUAAAAAACACCAAAGGUCUAAUCUUGACACAUCACUGUAUGAAAAUGAAACCAGAGAUCCCUGUUUCCUUCCCACCAUCAUCGAACGUCCAGUUAUUCGAAAUGCUGAAAAGUCAGGCAGUACACUGCCUAAAGGAGAUGAUAAGCCGGCUACCAUGAUGAGCUGCUCGUCUGCAAAUCCGAAGAGCAUUUUUGCGAGGGAAAUGGAGCGCGCUGGAUUUACCAGGUCUACUUACGAUCAUUCACGUAGUUCUGCUUCUAGCAGUUUUGCCCCUAAUCACUCAAAAUGUUUAGAAUAUUUGAGGAAAACGUCUCCACAAACAAUAACAGGCAGUGGGUUGGGAACUAGGUCUAAUGAAGUUGAAAGAAUACAUCAAGAGAACUUGGAACGCUUGUCUCAACUCACCGAGGAAGAAAUACUUCAGGAAAGAGAAAGGAUUCUUUCAUUAGCUGGUAAGUGGUAA